AUGUUUGAAUCGUUGGUGUCGCGGCUGACAUCACCUCCAGUGUCGCGGCGUCGGCACACGGUGCAUGCAGCUAGGGAAGUAUGCAGCGAACCAGAGGAAGAUGCCGUGCCCGUGCAACGUCGUUCGCGCACCGCAAAGCAGCUGCUGGACAAACGGCGAAAAGCGCGACGCUCUUGCGCCGACCUUACUGCCGCCACUAAUGCAGAACCGGAGCGAACCUCUCGGAUGGACGCUCUGAAAUCAUUCUUGCCACUACGUCAAUCAAAGUCUCUUGGACGGCUCGAUGGUCUAAAAGAGAUAAAAGCUAUGACGUUCCUGAUUGAAUACUAA